GAAGACUCCAAGCAGUGGUCAAGAAGGCUGAAUAGAUACUUUCUUUGUAUCUCCUGGGAGCAACAUGAUCCCCUCUGAAGCAGCUGGGAGCUCGGAACGUGUUGCCACCUCUGAAGAGUGGGCCAGCUGGGAAAGCAAGAAGAGACUGCGAGGAGCCCCCCCCCCCCGGGCCUGAGGCGUGGCUGUGACCCACAGACCACUGGACCUGGCACCUCCAAGUCAGGAGGGCUACACAACCAGUGAGACUCAAGAAGAAUCAAUGCUUCGGCCCCCAGCGACAUGUACGCGGUGUAAUGACAGUAACUGCUGAUCUUUUUACUGUUACCGUUUCCAGAAUGCCAUAGAGCUGCCGUCAUCUGCCCUUAGUGAUCCCGACUCCACUUUCUGCCUCUGUGAUAUUGAUGAAAUGAGCAGGUUUGCAGAAGAGCUGCUGGCCUGAAAUUGAAGACGAAGGCAUCGUUGCCUGGCUCUGGCUGAGAACAUGGCCAAUGGCAUUGACGAGCUCAUCGGCAUUCCCUUCCCCAACCACAGCAGUGAGGUCCUGUGCAGUCUGAACGAGCAGCGGCAGGACGGCCUGCUCUGCGACGUGCUCCUCGUGGUGCAGGAGCACGAGUACCGCACGCACCGCGCCGUCCUGGCCGCCUGCAGCAAGUACUUCAAGAAGCUGUUCACGGCCGGCGCCCUGGCCAGUCAGCCGUACGUCUACGAGAUCGACUUCGUCCAGCCCGAGGCCCUGGCCGCCAUCCUGGACUUCGCCUACACCUCCACGCUCACCAUCACCGCCUCCAACGUCAAGCACAUCCUCAACGCCGCCAGGAUGCUGGAGAUCCAGUGCAUCGUGAACGUGUGCCUGGAGAUCAUGGAGCCCGGCGGCGACGGCGGGGAGGAGGACGACAAGGAGGACGACGAUGACGAGGACGAGGACGAUGAUGAGGAGGAUGAGGAAGAGGAGGAGGAGGAGGAGGAGGAAGACGAGGAUGACGACACUGAGGACUUUGCUGAUCAGGAAAACUUGCCUGACCCCCAGGACAUCAACUGCCACCAAAGCCCCUCCAAGACAGACCAUCUCACGGAGAAGGCCUAUUCUGACGCGCCCAGGGACUUCCCCGAUUCCUUCCAGGCCGGCAGCCCCAGCCAUCUGGGUGUCAUCCGGGACUUCUCCAUCGAAUCUUUGCUGAGGGAGAACCUGUACCCCAAAGCCAACAUCUCUGACAGGAGACCCUCCUUAUCUCCGUUUGCCCCUGACUUCUUCCCACACCUCUGGCCGGGGGACUUUGGUGCCUUUGCCCCAUUGCCGGAGCAGCCCAUGGACAGCGGGCCGCUAGACCUGGUCAUCAAGAACCGGAAGAUCAAGGAGGAGGAGAAGGAGGAGCUGCCCCCACCCCCACCACCCCCCUUCCCCAAUGACUUCUUCAAGGACAUGUUCCCUGACCUCCCUGGGGGGCCGCUGGGCCCCAUCAAGGCGGAGAACGACUACGGUGCCUAUCUCAACUUCCUGAGUGCCACCCACCUGGGGAGCCUCUUCCCGCCCUGGCCACUGGUGGAGGAGCGCAAGCUGAAGCCCAAGGCCUCCCAGCAGUGCCCCAUCUGCCACAAAGUCAUCAUGGGGGCCGGGAAGCUGCCACGGCACAUGAGGACCCACACCGGGGAGAAGCCAUACAUGUGCAACAUCUGUGAGGUCCGCUUCACCAGGCAGGACAAGCUGAAGAUCCACAUGCGGAAGCACACGGGGGAGCGGCCCUACCUGUGCAUCCACUGCAACGCCAAGUUCGUGCACAACUACGACCUCAAGAACCACAUGCGCAUCCACACGGGCGUGCGGCCCUACCAGUGCGAGUUCUGCUACAAGAGCUUCACGCGCUCCGACCACCUGCACCGCCACAUCAAGCGCCAGAGCUGCCGCAUGGCCCGGCCCCGGCGUGGCCGCAAGCCCGCCGCCUGGAGGGCUGCCAGCCUGCUCUUCGGGCCCGGGGGGCCCACGCCGGAGAAGGCGGCCUUCGUGAUGCCGCCCGCGCUGGGCGAGGUGGGCGGCCACCUGGGCGGGGCGGCCGUGUGCCUCCCGGGCCCCAGCCCCGCCAAGCACUUCCUGGCGGCGCCCAAGGGCGCGCUGAGCCUGCAGGAGCUGGAGAGGCAGUUCGAGGAGACGCAGAUGAAGCUGUUCGGGCGCGCGCAGCUGGAGGCCGAGAGGAACGCGGGGGGCCUCUUGGCCUUCGCGCUGGCCGAAAACGUGGCGGCAGCGCGACCCUACUUCCCGCUGCCUGACCCGUGGGCCGCGGGCCUGGCGGGCCUCCCCGGACUCGCCGGCCUCAACCACGUGGCCUCCAUGUCCGAAGCCAACAACUAGGCUGGCCCUUGGCCACCCCGAUCCAGCGGUCCCGUGCCCCUC